GGGACGCGGAAGACAGACAAUCCGGAACGGAAUCGGAGCGCGGCGGCGGUGACAAAAACAAAAAUUUAAUAAAAAUAAAACGCGAGUGCAUUUUGUGGGGAAGGUUUUCUUCGAUGUGUGACGGGUAGAAGACGAGCAAUAUGGUGGCUGAGAUCCUGUGGCGUUGAUUUUUCUACGAUGAUUUUCUAGAGGACGGAUCGCAAACGAAACAAGAUUGGAAACCCCCAGCAAAGAAAAAAACAAUCCACAGCGAACCAACCAUCAUCACAUCACCAUCCUCUCGGUCGCGGUCAGCGGAAGCAGUGAAGUGAUUGUGAGUGAAGUACCUCUAUCUCCUAUAAUAAGUUAGUGGCGUAAAUUUCGGUGCGGUGCUGUGCAUCGAAAAUCGGAAACCAAACACAGUGCAGUGCAAUCCGAAGGAGAAAAAAAGUUUAUAAGAAGAAAGUGUGUACCAAAUGCAUUGAAUGCAACAGAAGUAACGAGAAGGGAGCAAACAGAAAAGUUGAUUCACUGGAAAGUCCCCGUGGCCAUCGCCCACUACCAAUACCUUUAAUUACUACUGAUGGUCGGGUGUUGACGAGGUGUGGUGUGUUUUGAUAUUGUUUUACGGGAAAAAGGCAAAGAAAAGGGAAAAACAGUGAAGAAAAAGUGUGUUUCUGUCCCCGGAGGACGAAUCAUCCUGAGGCCUCACCGCCUGGCCAGUGAGUCUCAAGCGACGACAGAUUAGGGAAAAGGGCGGAGCGACGACGGAAGACGACCAAGACGACGGAUGAUGGCCGAUCAGAAUGAAAAAAUCCUACAUCGUCUGCUGCAGAUUGACUUCAACAACGAGUGCGCCGACUGCGGAGCAAAAUGUCCAGAAUGGGCUUCGUACAACAUCGGAAUCUUCCUCUGCACACGGUGCUGUGCCGUGCACCGGAACAUGGGCGCCCACAUAUCCAAGGUCAAACACCUGAAGCUGGACAAAUGGGAGGACAGCCAGCUGGAGCGGAUGAUCGAGGUGGGCAACCGAGUCUCGAAGCAAAAGUACGAAAUGCGCGUUCCCGCCUGCUACCGAAGACCCCGGGAAAACUAUCCACAAGUCCUCACAGAGCAGUGGAUUCGCGCCAAAUACGAGCGGUUAGAAUUCUGCUUGAACGACCGACCCGCCUACACAUCCGGUCACAUGGAAGGUUUUUUGAUGAAGCGCGGCAAGGAGGACAGUCGCUAUCAGCUGCGCAAAUUUAUCCUGUCCGAGGCAGACGAUACGCUUCGUUACUUCGUCAAAGAGAAACGUGAACCAAAGGCAAUCCUAAGAAUUUCCGAACUGAACGUGGUAUUUGCGCCGGCCAAGAUCGGUAAUCCAAACUCGCUACAGUUAACGUUCAUGAAGGACGGCACCACGCGGCAUAUCUACGUGUAUCACGACGACCCAAAGGAGAUUAACAACUGGUAUAUGGCGAUCCGAUGUGCCAAGCUGCACCGGUUGCAGAUUGCCUACCCCAGUGCUUCCGAAAGCGAUCUGGUCGAUUAUCUAACACACGAUUUCGCCCGCGAGGGCUGGCUUCUUAAGACGGGACCACGAACUACGGACAGCUAUAAACGACGGUGGUUCACGCUGGACGAUCGGAAGCUCAUGUAUCACGAUGACCCGCUGGAUGCGAAUCCAAAGGGGGAGAUUUUCCUGGGCAAUCACCUCGAUGGGUACAGCGUGCGGAUAGGGGCACCGGUCGGGGCCAAAGAUCAGGGCUUUAGCUUUACGCUGUUCACACCGGAACGGACGUACAACCUGUCGUCGCACAGCGAGCAGGACCGCGACGAGUGGAUGACCGUGAUCCAGAAGGUGCUGGAGCGACCACUGAGCCCGCAGGACAGUUCGAUAUCGGCCCGACUGAUCCGCAAGCGCGGUGGUACCAAUUCGAUAAACAUCUUCACCGGCAGGUAAUAAUCGAUUGAUUCGCUUUGUCUAUAUCUAUUUAUGAUAAGUUUUAGUAAUCACUAUUGUGUAUAACAUUAAGAAGAAUUACGUCUCAGCAACAAACAAGCACACAUGGCACAGAUGCACAUGAUGAAGAAGAUAAACGAUUGCAGGUGGUAGGAGUUCGAUCGAUUCGCGAGAGAAAAUAGUUCUGAAUCAAUUGAUUCUGAAGAAAGUCUGGCUCUCGUAAAUCGUUGAGAGGGUUUUUACGAGUUGGACGAUAAAUGAAAAACUUGCAAAAAACCUCCUACCUAACACAUGCAAUCAACGUUAGAAAAUUACUAACGCACGCAUCAGGAAGUGUCAUUUUCAUUUGUGAAAUGUUAUCUCUCAAUUUAUGUUUUAUACCUUGUAACUUGUGUAGGGAUGGAUGUAAUUUAAAGAAUCGCUUCCGGAGCGUGGUGUGCAUACAACUAUACAUACACUGUUAAACAAUGUAGGUAACUUAUUGAAGGAUAUGGAUGACGCCAUCCUGUUAUCAAAGAGAAGGUAAUAUAAGUGCAUGCAUAUAUUUUUGCAAUAUCAAACAAAUGGGCGCCAAGUUCGAGUCGGUGGAAAGUAGAAUCGCGCGGUGAGCACAGCAUCCAGCAGCUCACACAUACCAAUUAUUAUAGGAAGACUACAUUAUACUCAAUCACUGCCUGUUUUGCCUGCCACGACUUCCACCUUGGAUCGGGCGACAUUACGCGAAUUGAAUCACAUACACACCUGAACGCGGAAUUAAACUAUAUUGAAAAGAAAAACGAUUUCAUUUUCUUCUCCGCCGUACAGAUCUUUACAAUCUGUCCGGGGAGUACAAUAGCAUAAUUAGGAAACACACAAACUUACACAAUAAGGCUGAUUUUGUUUUGUUUCUUACCACAAGUACUGUAUAUUGCAAUAGGAUUAUAUUUAUUGUUUAUUAUAAUUUUCUUUAGUCAAUUGUUUACCACCGAAUCGAACUGUUGAUAAGCGGAAAAAGGCGCAUCAAGCUCGUUGCGGUUUGUGCAGCUCUCCCUCUAUUAACUAAUAAGUCCAUAGUCCAUUUAGGAGUAAACUAAAAUUCGCUCUGCUGCUACUUGUGCGAUUCUACUUCUCCACCGACCGAAACCAGGAGGGAGCGCCCGAUCACUGCUGAUUAUGGUGUGUUCUAUUAGAUGCAAAGGGUUGACAAGGGGGGUCGGUUUUCUGAAGUAAUGGUUCUAGGGGGUUUAGGAUUUUCUAAUGGAUAAGGGCUGGUUUGAUUUGUGAUAUAGCUGUGGAUUGAUUAUUAACCAUGAUGUCUUAUGUUUGGCUAUAAUCUGACAGCAGUUCAAGAUUCGUUUGUUGCGUAAUGUCUCUAGUGCCAAAUUAAUGUUUUUACUCAAAUGUGAAUACUUGACAUCGUGUACUACAAGCUUUCUAUACCUACGUGAGAACAUUUUCAUACUAUCGUCGUAAGAAUUGGCGCAAACUUUUUGGAUAAUCGCAUUUUACAGAGUUUGAAAUCAGUGGGGGCUUUUUGAUUAAGCCUUUGAAUGUGAUUUUUCCAGUAAACGAGUUAUGGAGCUUUUGUUAGAAUUUCUCAUACAUAUGGAAUUUCAUGAUCUUGUCAAAGCCUUUAAGCUGCAAAUAAAGUAUGGAAAGGAAGUUGAAUACUAUGGGCAAGUCUCGAAGCUGGAGAAUUGUUGGCUUCAGGCUAGCUAACGAAAAAGGCAUACCAAACAGCAUCGUUUGUUACACUGCUGGCUCCUCUAUUGAAGAUAGAACUGAUGCUUGUGCAUAUUGCCACAUGCUAAGGCUGCAUCUGUUUAACUCACUUGGUACACACUGCUCCGUUUUGAAAUAUUUGAUCUUUUGUGUGAGAAAUGUUCCUUGAAGUAAUUAGAAGGAAAUGUUCCUUGAAGUGAUUAGAAACGUGUUACGACACAAAUAAUGCUUGUUUCUGAAUCUCGCAUCUAUUAAGAACACACCAAUCUACAGGAUUACACAGAAUUUCUCCAUAUUUGCAGGUUAUUUUUGAGUUUCAUCAAUUUAAGAAGACUUUUUUUAUUGACGUGAAAAGCAUAAUUGAAAAAAUGAAAACUAGAAAAAGAUAACUUUAAAUAAUCAGUAUCACUAUCAUCACCGGACGUAGCAAACAACGGUUUACAGUUUGUUAGACCCCUCCCAUAGAGAUCAGUAACUGGAAACAUUAAUGCAUUACAAUUUCCCUAGGCGAUAAAAAAGUUAGAUAGACAAAACAAAUGUUCGAAUUAACUAAAUUUAACUGAAGUGGCAACGUGCACACCCAAUUGUACAUCUCCUUCUUCUGAAGGAACAGUUGUAUGAACGAAGUAUAAGUUAAUUUAUUUCUCUAUUUUUCAUUCUGACCGAAAGCCUCGUUUUAUACUUUCUUUAAACUAUUCUUUCCUACUGUUGCUCAAAAUAAACUUAUUGUAGAAUCUUUCCUUUAUUGUUCAUGAAAA